GAGUUGUUGUCGCAAGCAAAGGAGGGUGCGAGUUCCUCCCCUCCAUACAUCCGCACUUCGAGGAAACCGACACAAUUCAGAACGACGGUACCUCCGGGAGAUCCCUGCAUGAAAUGUCAGGACUCUCUGCUCGUAUGGGCAACUCGUAGCGCGAGCGAGACCCCCCUCCCCAUCGUACUUCAUGCAAGGAGAGGUGAAACCAGAAACCAUAUAUUGACCUCCACGACCCGGCACCAACACACACCACAGUUCCUCAGCCUGACACCGUCCGUCCAACCUCUCCCCUCCUUCUUGUCGCUCGCUUUCUCACUCUUACUCUCGCUUGUCUGGUCCUUUGGCCCACGCGUGCACAGCGUGCACCUUUCCCAUAAACAACCGUCCAUCGCACACUGUAUAUCCCCACGGAGUACCAGCGCGGUAAAAAUCGACAACGAAACAUAAGAUGCCCAACAAAAAAAGCAAGGCGAAUGCUGUCGGCGGCCAAGUCAAGAAUGGCGGCAACAGAGGGGGCGGCGACCCGAUCCUCGAUCUCGACGCUCUUAUUGCGAACGGAGGAGGAACAACUUCUUUUGGUGGUACCGGUAUCUCCGUAACACCUUUGGCGGAACCUGUGGUGAAUGGAAUGACAUCAUCAACAACAGCAGCGCAUACCUGUACUCAUGAACGUACACCGACGCUGACGACGACGGAAAGCGAGUCGGCAGCAGCCCGAGCCAAGGCCUUAUUCAUGUCUUCCCUCGGCCCCGGAUCGGAAGCCUUCUCCUCGCACAGAAUCGCCGAUCCCCGAGAUACGGUUGGGACGACUAUGCGGGCACCUGGGGCGCCAGUCGCGGGAGUACCGGGAGUAUCAGCAUUACCAGCAGCAGGAGGAGGCCACCUGCAAAACAAGAGUACCAGCAAGGACAAGGGCACAGACAAGGCUUCUGUGGCUUCGUCGUCAUCAUCAUCCUAUAACCGACAACAUCAUAAUAUCCAUUGCGACGGUUUUGAUGACUUGAGGCGUGAUUUUCUAGGUGAUUGGAUAGAUGGGAAACCUUUGGACAAGUAUAUCGAAGCUGCCAAGUUGAAACCUACCCUCACGAAACCUCCUUCUCAAUUGGAUCGGGAUUCAACUACCACUCAAACAGUCACCAUCACAAAAUCCGGUACGUCUACUGUUUGUACAAAACCACAACAGUCACAAUUACAGAUACAGACACGGACACAGAACGAAGCGCAAGGAGGAUCAAGCUCGAGAGGUGUAAAGCAACAGAGAGAGACAGAAGAAGUCAAAUCCACAACUCCAAAACAGUGGAAAAGGUCGUUUGUAAACCAUGACAAUUUCUUGAGUGAGUGUCAAGUGAUGGCUUUCGUGAGCGGCGAUGUCCAAAGCAAAAACCAAAUCCAGGCGGCUCUCACAAAGGUCCUGAUGCGAAAACUGCCGAAUCCAGACCUACAGAUCUUGUGGGCCAUCAUGUACGGCGGUGAAGAUGCCCCGUGGCCCGGCUCGCUUUCUCCCGUCAUCCCGGGAGUCACCACUACCGCCACCGCCACCGCUGUUACGACUACGGAUACACAUCUUUCCCAAGCAGACGAAGGAUGAGGCAUGAAGCAUGACCAUUGAUUUUCUGACAAGGCGAAAAAGGAAAGCCAGCUAUACGAAUAAUAAUCCAAUUGCGGCCCGCUCACAGCUAUACAUACUCGACUACAACAGUGGGUUAUGAACGAUUCAAAAGGUCAUCAUCAGGGACUUCGUCGCGUAACGAUAACCAUGCCACCAUCAACAGUCCCAGCACUAGUUCCAACCACGAUCCUGAGUGGCCUCCACAUCUUAUGGCAACGUUCUUCUCGCGGAUAUACGUAAUGUUUUGCGCCGUAUUGACAAUGUCCCUGCUCGCAUGUCCUGUCUGUGCGAUUUGUCGGAGUUGAUCGCCGAACGUGGCGAGAAUAUUCGUACUUCGCCCCGCGGGACAGAAAACAACCUCAAACCCUCCACCUUGUGGAAUGAUGAAGGUACUGGUCUGAUCAUCGUACGCAUAGCUGUACGCAUCUGGACAGACCCUUUUGGCUUGUGUCGAAUAAUCGCUUGGUGAACAUGUGGCGGGAGUAUUGUGGCUUCCUGUGCAGCAGUAUUGAUCUUUAUUCCAUUUAGCACAUGCGCUGAGACAAGGGUUGAAAAUUGGUCGUUGGAUGUUGUCGUCUGGAUAUGGAUAUACUCCAUCACCGGGCUUCUGGGGCGGGUUCAAUUGCAACGGCCAUGGACACCAACUUUGGAUGAAUGACGGCGUGACUGUCUGAUCUAGCGGUAGUGGGAAUGUCGAGUUUGACCCAAAAUCGGCAUUACCGGCAGGGGCUCCCACGGGUGCGAGCAGAGACGAAGUUCCAAUGCAUACUGGGUUGGUCAAAUUGGGAGGAAUGUCCUCCAGCGUUGAAUUGCCACUCUGCGAAAGCAGUGAGAUGAUGCCAACGGGGAGGUUGUACCCGUCGACCAGAGAGAUGUCGUAAAAGGUUUGGUACGUGUCGGAGGAAUAGGUGAAUUCAGCAAGUGUCGCUGGUGCUUGGCCCUAGAUAUUAUUAUACCUGAUUAGCACGACGGACACAUAACAUGCUGUGUUACUUUUGAACUUUGCAAACGAAGGUACCAAAAAGAGAGAGAGACUUACUGCUCCAGGGCAUUGCAAAAAG